GCAGAAGCUAGCCUGCCUGGAACUUCUCCACUGAGAAAGAAAAAUGAUAUUUUUUUUCCAACUCAUUUCUAUUCUAGCAAUCAUCAAUGAUGUCCAAAUGGAGGUCCAGCUGGUGGAAUCUGGAGGAGAUGUGAGAAGGCCAGGGGAGACCCUCCAUCUCUCCUGCCAAGCUUCAGGCUUCACCUUCAGCAGCUAUGAGAUGGCCUGGGUGAGACAGGCUCCAGGGAAAGGACUGGAGUGGGUUGCAUGGAUAGAAGAUGAUGGAGAUGGGAGCAGCCAAUACUAUGCCAAUUCUGUGAGAGGCCGAUUCACCAUUUCCCGGCAUGAUGCCUCCAGCAUGCUUUAUCUCCAAAUGAACAGCUUGAAAUCAGAGGACACGGCUGUGUAUUAUUGUGCUAGAGACGCACAGUCUGUCCAAAAAACAUUUCUAACUGAAUGCACUGAAGUGCUCUUUUAUCCCAAGCAAUAUGUAAAUCAGGGCACAAUUUCCUCUUUAAAGGAGUUGUGUGUCUUCCUUUUUCAGGUUACACCCACCAAGACAAAUUUCUGCACUUUCCCAAAUCUUCUACCAUCUACUCUCCUCCACUCAUUACAGGAAGCAAAAAUGAUCCUGUGGCUAAACUUGGUGUCCUUACUAGCAAUCCUCAGAGGUGUCCAAUCUGAGGUUCAGUUGGUGGAGUCUGGAGGGGAUGUGAGAAGACUUGGAGGGUCCCUCCGUCUCUCCUGCCAAGGAUCUGGCUACAGCUUUGCUGGCUACAGCAUGGAUUGGGUGAGACAGGCUCCAGGGAAAGGACUGGAAUGGGUGGCAUACAUCCGCUAUGACAGCACUAGUAUUCACUACUCAGACAAAGUGAAGGGACGCUUCACCAUCUCCAGGGACAAUGCCAAAAGCCAGCUGUAUCUGCAAAUGAACAGCCUCAAACCAGAGGACACCGCAGUCUAUUACUGUGCAAGACACACAGUGAGAGGAAGUGAAUCUGAAGCCAGACAAGAACCUUCUCUUGCUCAGAGCAAGUGGAUUCAGUCACAGAAAUUUGAAUUUGAGUCUUUCAAAUUGAGGAGUAGAUUAUCAAUCUACAUCAUAGCGAUGUCCAAAUGGAGGUCCAGCUGGUGGAGUCUGGAGGAGGAUGUGAGAAGUCCUGGAGGGUCCCUCCGUCUCUCCUGCCAAGCUUCAGGCUUCACCUUCAGCAGCUAUGAGAUGAACUGGCUGAGACAGGCUCCAGGGAAAGGCCUGGAAUGGCUUGCGUGGAUAGAUAACCCUGGAGAUGGGAACACCCAAUACUAUGCCAAUUCAGUGAAAGGCCGUUUCACCAUCUCCAGGCACGAUGCCUCCAGCAUGCUUUAUCUCCAAAUGAGCAGCUUGAAACCAGAGGACACGGCUGUGUAUUAUUGUGCUAGAGAAUCACACAAUUUCCGAUCUCAGAUCCUAUUGGUGGAGUCUGGAGGGGAUGUGGGAAGACCUGGCCAGUCCCUUCGUCUCUCCUGCCAAGCCUCAGGAUUCAACUUUGAUGACUACAGCAUGCACUGGGUGAGACAGGCUCCUGGGAAAAGACUGGAAUGGGUGGCAUACAUCCGCUAUGACAGCAUAGUAUUCACUACUCAGACAAAGUGA